AUGAUUGAUAUAUUCCAAAAUGAUCCAUGUUUACCAAGAGAUGACAUUGAAACAGACAUACAAAAAAAAUUUGAUACAUUUAUAUGGAAAAGUACAAUUAUUUAUGGUAUUUUGACCGAAAUAACAGCAGGAAUGCUGACAUUCGGUACUUUAUUAUUGGAUCUACCUGAGGGCGAAUUACCAUUCAAUACCUGGUUGCCCUAUGAUCAUUCUCAUGGUUUUAUUUAUAAAUUUGCAUAUGGACAACAAAUAAUAAGUGUCAUGACAUCAGCAAAUAUUGCAAUUGCAUUUGGUACACUUGUACCAGCAUUAAUAUUACAAGUUUGUGCAAAAUUAAAUAUUUUAAAACAACUUGCUGAAACUAUAAAUUCAACUUUUAAUUUAAUGAUUUUUUUACAAUGUUUAAUAAGUGCCACUGUACUUUGUACAAGUGUUUAUAAACUUGUAACUGUACCAUUAUUUUCAUCUGAAUUUUCAAGUAUUGUUCUUUAUUUGGCUUGUAUGUUAUCGGAAAUAUACAUGCUAUGUGCAGCUGGAAAUGAAGUUAUUUUAGUGAGUGGCAGUAUCAGUGAUGCAAUUUACUGUGCUGAUUGGACAAAAUUAAAUAUAUCGACAAUUAAAAGUCUUGUUUUAAUAAUGAAUCGAGCAAUGCAUCCCGUCACAUUUACAAGUGGAUAUAUUGUUAUUCUAUCAUAUGAUACAUUUAAAAGUCUACUUAAAAUAUCUUAUUCAACAUACAAUGUUUUACAGCAAAAAGGAUAG